AUGGGUUUCUACACCCUCCUGACAACCCGGAAGAAGCCGGUCCUUACGAGCCCAUCGAAUUCAGUCCCCACCAGGAACGAUCAGGAGCGUAAGAGGCUGAAGAGCCGGCCGCUGGGCAUGCACAUCAGCAGCGACGAGCAGACAGCCAUGUGGCUCAACUACUUUAAACCAAACACACUUAGCGGGCCCAAGCUCAGCUGCAUGGGCCUUCCCUGCCCGCAAUUCCUCCAGUGCAUCGAUGGGUUUCCCAACGUGUGGGCCUGCUGGGAUGACGAGCUCAUGGAUCGAGAGAUGUUCCCCACUCACGCUCCGUUAAACUGCCCGAUCCGGGCAGCAGGGGAGGAAAAGUUGGUGGGGGGGGAGGAAGGGGAGUAUGACCUGUCGUGCAGUCACAGAAAGGACUACUGGUACCACAUGCCGUGGGCUCUGCAGAACUUCCAGCUGGCGGAUGUGUACAUGAACGCACGAUGGGUUCCUCUUCAACACCUCGCAUCAGUUUAUGCGAGGCGGGUGCCAUCAAAUCGGCAAGCAUCUCAUCAUCCAUUCAACAGUGUCGCAUGCUCCAGUUCCUUCAUCUCCCCGCCCUGGUCGACCCGUUCACCCCUUACUAUCCCUCCCACCCGUCAACCCCUUCCACGCCAUCAACCCCCCCACCCCUUCAACCGCUCCACCUUUUACCCCACCACGCAGUACACAUUCUCCCCAGCAGCGGCGGUGCACGAGCCGCAUGGAGCAUGGAGCAGGGCGUACGCGGUGGGUGGGAACUUCUACCACGUUCUGGUGGAAAUGCUGCCGGGCUUUGUGGUGGCGGCAAGCCUCUUCCACAAGUAUCGCAAGUACCCCAUCCUCGCCACAGGUCGUUGGAGAGCGUAUGACCGCAUGGGAGCGCCAAUCACGGGCAUUCCUCGUGCGAGCAUGAGAGCGCUCGCCACCUUCACAGGAGAAAUUUACCAUGCGGCAUGGGUGCAGCAGCCUAUGUUCCAGUUUUGUGGCACGCCCAGCAGGGCUCUCUGGCACACCAUUCGCUCGCGCCAUUUCCUCCAUUCCGAAGGGCUACCUCUCUUCAACCCCGGCUGGACCUACCGCAAUCUGCCGCCCCUCACUGACGCACAGAUGGCUCUCCUGCCUGCUGAUUGGGUGGUGGUGCUGGCAAAGCGCCCAGGCAAGAAGCCAGCUAUCAUCAACUUCGCUGAGCUGGAAUCGGCCGUCAAGAAGAUAUUUCCCGACAGGGUGGUGACGUUCAAUGGGUCCAUGGGGAUACUGGAAGCCACACGCCUGAAGUUUCCUCGUUAA